CUAACCUAAAUAUAUUGCAAUUGUAAAUAUACAGAUGAUUAAGUUAACAACAGUCAACUUUCAGUAGGAGAAAUUAAUAGCAAUAAGAUGUCAGUUACAUUGGAUAUAAGACUUAAAAAAGCAGACAAAGUUUACACAGAAGGAGAAAAGGUUACAGGGUUUAUAGUAGUUAAAUCAAAUAGUGAUUUAAAACAUGAUGGAAUUACACUUUCUAUGGAAGGCUCAGUUAAUUUGCAGCUUAGUUCAAAAAAUGUUGGGAUCUUGGAGGCCUUCUACAACUCAGUCAAACCUAUACAAUUGGUGUAUGUGUCUUGUGAAGUGGUGAGUUCAGGUAAAUUACCCAGUGGGACAACAGAAAUACCAUUUGAGUUGCCUCUGAUGCCAAAGCAGAAUAGGGAACUGUAUGAGACAUAUCAUGGGGUGUUCAUUAAUAUCAGUUACAGUCUGAAAUGUGAUAUGAAAAGGUCAUUCCUUUCCAAAGACCUGCAGAAAGUUCAACAGUUUAUGGUGCAAUACAAGCAACAGAAGACAGAAUUACCUAGACCUGUCUCCUUUAAAAUUAGUCCACAAUCUUUAGCUUCUGGUAGUUCAGCAGCUCCAGAUUUUUUAAUAAGAGGAAAAAUGGAUUCAACCAGAUGCAGUGUAGCAAAACCUCUGACUGGGUUUCUUGUUUUAGAGAAAUGUGCCAAGCCAAUAAGAUCUGUUGAAUUGCAAUUGGUCAGAGUGGAGACUUGUGGAUGCGCUGAAGGAUACUCAAGAGAUGCUACUGAAAUUCAAAAUAUACAAAUUGGUGAUGGAGAUAUUCCUCAGAAUAUUGAGAUACCAAUUUACAUGAUCUUCCCAAGAUUGUUCACUUGUCCCACCAUGAUUAAAUUGAAUUUUAAAAUUGAAUUUGAAAUAAACAUAGUGGUUGUUUUCCAAGAUGAUCAUUUGGUCACUGAAAACUUUCCCAUACUCUUAACCAGAGAAUAAACCAAUUCCAUUUCAUAUU